UAGGGCGUCUCUAAAGCUCGCUUCUUUCUCGUUCGGGGCUAGGGUUCUUGGAUUUCUCCCAGUGGCAGGAGGACAAGGAAAUGCGCGUCUAAAAAAGUAGUAGUGGCCCUUGUUUCUCGAGGUUAGGGUUCUUCUUCUUCUUCUUCUUUGUUUUAGGGCUCGAAAGAAAUCCGUUGGGCUAGUGUUGAUAGGAAUGGCGACGGAGGAAGGCGACGCUGCGCCCGUGGCGGCGGCGGCGGCGGCCGAAGAGAAUCUAGCGCCCGCCAAGGAAGCGAAAGAUUUGACGGAGAAGAAGAGCGAGGAGGAGGUGAAGGGCGAGGAGUCUAUCCAGGGCGUCCAGACCCAAGAAGCCGCUCCGGCGCCACCGGAAGAAGCUCCAGGUAAGUCGGGCCAAGAGAAGGAAGGAGCGGACGGUGAUAGUAAGGCCAAGGCCGCCGAGGAGGAGGAGGACAAGAAAGCCGAGAGCGACGAGAAGGAAGAUGAGAAGGAGAAAGAGAAGGAGAAAGAGGGUGAGAGUGGUGAUGCCACGGCCAUGGAAGGUGUUGAGGAGAAGGAUGAAAAGGCCGAAGAGGAUGCCGAGAACGGCGAGGCUGAGGCGUCCAAGCCGCAACCAAAGAAGAGGGGACGGCCCAGGAAAGAUAGCAGCAAGGCCAAGGAAAAGGAAGUGGCCACACCCUCGACUCCGACCGAGAAGCCUGAGAAAGGUGAGGGGUCCGAGGAAACACCCAAGUCGAAGCGGGGCAGGAAGAAAGCCGAGUUCUCGCCUCCGAUUGACAGGCCUUCACGGGAGAAGAAAUCGAUUGAGAGGUUUGGAGCAGGAUCUCUGGAUAUGCCAAAGUCGAAGGACGUUUAUAUCAGAAAGGGAGGCGGCACUCCUCUGAAAGAAAUCCCGAAUGUGGCUUACAAACUAAGUAAAAUUAACAAGAACGAUCCUGUAUUGAAGACUCUCCACUACGUCUUCUUCGCUCAGCGGUCUAAGGCGGCUACUGUCAAGCAAAAUCUUCUCCAGUUUUCGGGCCAUUGUUGGGGAGAGAAGGAAAAGGACCAGAUUAAAGCGAGGGAGCGGCUUGAAAAGUGCCAUAAGGACGAGCUAAACGAGCUUAUAGAUAUCUUGGAUUUAAAUAUGAAGGGGAAAAAGGAGGACUUGGUUGCGAAGGUCUUCGAGUUCCUAGCAGCUCCACACGCGACAACAGAUAUAAAAUUGGAAGACACAGAAAAAGAGCAGGCUGAAAAGAAACGCAAGGGGAAAAGCCCGGGAAGGCCUAAGAAGCAGGACUCAGACGAGCCACCAAAACGCAGCGGCAGAAAAAGAAAGCAGGUGGUGGAAGAGGACGACGAGGAGGAAUCUGAUGACGACGACGAGAUCGAGCAAAAGAAAACGUCAGAUGAAGAAGGAGAUGCGAGCGAGUCCGCUGACGAUACAGAAGCUGACUCUGGCGAAAGGCCGCCACCUAAGAAGCAGAAGACGGAUACGAAAGUUUUUACCAGGAAGAAAAAGGAGACCGAGAAGGAGAAAACCAAGAAGAAGGAAAAGACUCCGGCCAAGUCAGCGAAGAAGUCCACGAAGGGCAAAGAGAAAUCGAUCGACAAAGAGGGAGGCGAUGAAGCUCAGUCCAACCAUUCGAAGGACGAGGAGAUUCGGACUCAUGUCAAGGAGCUACUCCAAACUCUCGACCUCAAGAAGGCUUCUUUCACUGUUAUCAUCAAGAAACUUGGCGAAAGGUUAAACAUCGACUGCACGGACGGAACCAUGAAAUCCCGGGCGAAGGCUCUGAUACGGGAGGAGUUGAGAAAGCUCCCCGACACCGACGACGAGGUCGACAAGGACAAGGCAAAGCCCGACGAGAAAGAGAAAGUGGCUGCCAAGGCCGAGGAGGAGAAGUCCCAAGCCAAGGCGGGGACCAAGAAGAGCGAUGGAGACACCGAGAUGGUGGACGCGGCGGAGCCAGCUGCGGAGGAGAAGAAGGAAGAUGGAGCCGAGGCAGCGAAAGAAGUAGAGGAGGAGGAGCCACCGGCAGCAGCAAAGCCGGACGUAGCAGCAGCAAAGCCCGAGGGAGAGAUUGAUGGCGAGAAGAAAAGCCAGGAGAGUAGCGAGAAGGCUCAACGAGACGAGGUGAUGGCCGAGUCGUGAUCGUGAUUGUGUAGAAAGAAAAAAUUUCACUGUCAAAUUUGUAAUAGUCUUAUUUUACUGACCACGGCUCAAAUUCUUAUAAAGUUGGAACAAAGGUUUGAUAUGA